AUGGAUUUCAGCAAGGAAUAUACAUUAUUAUGGCUAUUGUUACUUAUAUUCCCUUCUCUUUCGAAACAACAAGCAACAUGUCCGUCACCAGAGUCCAUACUCCCUUGCAUAUGCACACACCGGCAAGAAGAUGCACAAAUUUGGUGCACACACAGCGACUUGAUGCAAGUGGUCAAAGGGAUACAAAAAAUCGGAGAACUCAUAAGAAAACCAAUAGAUGAAAUUAUAAUUGAAAAUAAUUAUUUACCAUCUUUACCAGGAAAGCUAUUUCAAAGUGUGAAGAUAUUAAGACUAAUGCUACGGCAUAAUGGUUUAGAACGUGUAUCAGCAGCAUGGUUGGAAUCUCAAGAAACCAACCUACUAGAAAUAUUUAUAGUGGAAAACGAUCUGAAGAGCAUUCCAUCAGAAAGUCUUCUCAAGUUACAAAAUUUACAAGCUCUCACAAUACAGUCACAAAACUUGAAAAGAAUAGCACCAUUAAUGAAUAUGCCAAAGCUGCGAUACAUACAUAUUCAAUCGGAAAGUCUUAAUAGUAUACAAGAACAUACUUUUCAGAAUUUACCUAGUCUCGAGAAAUUAUUUAUUCGCGGAAGUUUGACACUACAAACAUUGAAAGAAAAUGCUUUCUUUAAUUUGCCCAAACUUAGAAAGCUAGAUAUUACGCACUGUGGAAUAAACAUUAUUCACAUGAGAGCAUUAUCUUUACUUCCCGAAUUAAACGAAUUAUCUUUGAGCAAUAAUAGAAUAUCAGAUGCCAGUAUGGUUGGAAGGGCUACGAGGGACCUGCCAGCACUCUCUGUUUUAAAUUUAAAUCAUAACAUAAUAAGUAAACUUAAUGAAGGAGCAUUUGUUGAUCAACCUAUGUUAGAGACCCUGUUUUUAUCAAAUAACAAAAUAAACAUAAUUCAUCACGGAGCCUUUCACAGAGUACCAAAGUUAAGAGUGGUAGAUUUAAAUUAUAACGAAAUAAUUAGAAUACAUCCUGAAUCAUUUUUGCAACAAUCUGGCAGUGGUGUUGAAGAGUUAUCACUUAUUGGAAACAAAAUUAUGCACAUAUCGGAGUUUCGAGCCCUACUCGAUGCUUUGCCUCGAUUAAGAUAUUUGGAUAUGAGCAGCAAUUUGUUGCGAGAAAUUCCAAGAGGUGCACUAAGGGGGCAUCCCAGUUUAGAGCGACUACAUUUAAACAAGAAUAGCAUCAAACUAAUAGAUGCAGAUGCAUUUGUAGCGAUGCCUGCUUUGAGAGAAUUGCAUUUAAAGAAUAACUCCUUAAACGACAUGAAUCAGGGUCCAUUUUGGAAUUUACCUUCCUUAAAGGGUUUAGAUUUAUCACAAAAUUAUUUUAGACGCUUACAACCGAAGCUGUUAUAUAAUCUACCUGCUUUAAGAAGAUUUGAUAUGAGUAAAAAUCAAUUAACAAUAAUAGAUCCAAUUACUUUCAUGGAAACUCCAUUGCUAGAACAUAUUAACAUAUCUGGAAACUCUCUUGUAUCUGUACAUCCAGCAACUUUUAGAAAUUUACCAAGUUUAUACGAAUUAGAUGCCAGUUCCAAUAGACUAAUAGAAUUCGUACCUGGAUUACCAAGAGGCUUAGAACAACUAUAUUUACAAAGAAAUCAAAUUACAAAUUUACCGACAUCGCCUUCUCCAGAUAUAGAUUUACCCUCUUUGAGAUCUCUUGACAUUUCAAACAAUGGUAUUCAAAAGUUACCUUACUCUGGCAUGAAAACUCUACAUAAUUUACGAAGACUCUACAUGAGACGAAAUGGACUUAGGCAAAUCGAAGUAACAACGUUUAGUGAUUUAGAACGCUUAGAAAUACUUGAUAUUAGCGACAACCAAAUUAUAAGCGUACACCCAAAAAGUUUCAGCAAACUUGGAAAUCUUAAGGAAGUAAAUUUACGAGGAAAUAAUAUUGAAAGCUUUGAAUUUAUAACAAUUGAAAAUAAUGGUGCAUUGUCUGCUAUUGACUUUAGCAAAAAUAAACUAAAAAGUAUUAGUCCUAAUCUAGUGACUAGAGGGUUAGAUGUGGAAGUAUUAAAUAUAUCAUCUAACAAUCUUCACGAACUGCCAAACACGUUGAACAUGUUAUCUAAAUUAAAAGUGUUAGAUGCAAGUCACAAUUAUAUUAAGCAUUUCGAUGGUAAUAUUAUUAAUAAAGUACAGACAUUAGCUGAAAUAAAAAUGCACAGUAAUAAAAUAGUAGAGUUAGGUACGGGAAGUUUCAAAGAUUUAAAAAAUUUAGAGACAAUCGAUUUAGAAAAUAAUCAAUUAGAAAUAAUUCAUCCAAUGGCUAUAGCAAGUCUUCCCAGGUUAACCUCAAUAUAUUUAAGUAGAAAUCAUAUCAUUGAUCUACCAGAUCGAACAUUUUCAAACCUUCCAAAGCUAAGAAUCAUUGAAAUGCAAGGCAAUAGAAUACAGUUCAUUUCGAUGCGUGCAUUUGACAAUAUACCACUAGUACAAUACCUAAAUCUAAGUAAUAAUCAGCUUUCUAAUUUAGAAAAUUUAGGCAUAAAACAACUUAUUUCUUUGGAAGUGCUGGAUUUGAGUUUGAACAAAAUAACUAAAAUUACCAAAGAAUCGUUUCAGUACAUGGAAUGGCUAGUGGAGCUAAAUUUAGAUAAUAAUCAUAUAUGCCAUAUAACUAAUCAGCCUUUUGACUUCAUGCCAAGGUUGAAGGUUUUAUCUUUGCGUCAUAAUAAAUUAACAUCUGUACAGGAAAAUAACUUUGCGAAGUUAAGAAACAAUAUAGCCAUUUUUGAUAUUGAUGAUAAUCCACUUGUUUGUAACUGUGCAAUUAUUUGGUUAAAAGCAUGGUUGUCAGAAUCUUCUUCCCUUGGCCCAAAAUGUGCGGAUGGAACAUACGUGAAAGGUAUGCCAUUUUCCAAGACUGAUUGCAUAAACACGCCUAUUCAUGUUCCAAACAUGAAAUCUUGUGUCACAUUUGAAAACGAAGCAUUAUUACCAAAUUUAGCAACAUCUCAAGUUUUUUCAUCAUUGGAUAAAAUUAAAGAUUACGAGACCCGUAUAAAAAAUAAUUAUCAGGAAAAUAAUUUAAGCAAUCGACCAUUACCAGAAGAAUCUGAUUACUUCUAUGAUGAAUAUGUGGACUAUCCCUAUAAUGAAACAAUACUAGAAAAUAUGAAUGAUGAAGCCAAUAAGACUGAUAAAUCUAAUAAUCAUUUUGGAAACAUACCAAAAGUAAGUGCUCCAAUAAAAAAUGCAACAAAUACAAAAACUGGCAUUGCUUUAAAAGUACCUGUACCAACUAGUGGUUUUACUUUUUUUGGGGUUCCUCUACCUUCAAUCGAUAUGGGUAAGUUAUUGAACACUGGCCGUAAAAUAGAUUGGUCAGAUAACAGAAACAAUCAACAAAAUACCAAAAAGUAUCAAGUCACUGAGCCUCCAAAAUUUGAAACUGGUGGAUUUUCACCAAUGCUUCCAACUACAUCACAUGGCUUCAUGCCAAUAGUAAAUCCAACGAUUUCUCAUUCAAUGGUAGGAAAUGAAGUUUCAUUAACUAAAAGCAAUAUUGAAAAAGUUGGACAAAGUGUCUUAGCUGUAGAUAAUAGCCCUCCAAACAGAACAAUUCAAAACAGCACAACACACAAAAAAACGAAGAGUGAAAUACAUGAACUUGAAGCAUAUCAUGGUGAUGACAACAGUACACACAUAGCAUACAAUAGAACCAAAAAUGUAGAAGAGCAGAAUAGUGAUCCAAUAAAUAUAAAAAAAUAUAAUCUUAUGGAAUCUAACAUGACUAUCACUCAAGCAACAGAGAAAGAAGGAAUCAUAACAACAGAUACAAGCAAUGACAUGUCUCUACAGGGAUGGCUUGACACUAGUAGUACCACGGAGACACCAAAACCACUGAUAAAAAAGCAUAUAGAAACUCAAUCAAGCCAAAAACAGCCUACAGCACUUUCUGCCAUCCUUUUACCAACUCAUGAAGAUUUAGUUAAAAACCACAGCAGAGCAGCAACAAUUACAAAAGUUAAUAUGCCACAUGCAGAGCAUUAUGAUCUUCAUAGCAAUUUUGCACCAGUUAUUAACCGGGAAGGUAAAACUAGAUUUUCUGAAGGUAUUGAUACCGACAGUACAUAUACCAAGACAAAGAGAAUAGAUGAUCAUGAAUGGUAUUACAAAAACUAUAACAAAACUAACCUAGAUCCCUAUGUUGCACCUGGUAUCCAAACUUCUUGUAGUUGUAAAAUUGUAUCACAUUAUAAUGCUAUAGUACUGUUAGUAACAUUAUAUUUAGUAUUGUAA